UACUAUCCCUUCAUUGGAGCUGUUUGUUGAAAUGGAUAUUUUAAGGGACGAUGAGGUGCAUGACCUGAAAUGCAAACCUUCGGGCCGCUUGGAUAUGAGCCACGGCUUCCUGCACCAUAUCCGGAGGAACCAGAUUGCUAGAGAUCAUUAUGAUAGAGAGGUGAAACAAGCCAAAGAGGUGAAGCAAGCCAAAGAACUUCAGCGGCGGAGGCACACUACAACCCCUAGACGACCCCGUCGACCUGAUAUCCAAGUGUACCAUCCUCGACGCAGACAUGGAUCAGAGCCAGGGGCUGGUGCUGAGGCGGAAGAGUCUAAUGAGAGUGGGUCAAGCACAGACACGGAGACUCAUGGUACUGAACUCUUCUGGCUCGACUAUCAGGCGGACUCUGGUACCAUUACCUCCUUCCUUGUGCACAAGGAGGAUAAGCCUGAGACGUUAGUGGAGCGUGUCGCAGAGAAAAACAUCCUGGAUUCCUCCAUGAGGGCCGCUUUAGAGGCUCGAAUUCUAAAGGAAAUUGACAAAAGACGAGACAAACGCUGAGUGAUAUUCUCAGAACAGUAGAUUAUGAUGACAAAGCCUGGCUACAGGCAAAGGUGGAGGAAUACUUCAUUUGCAGUUCUGCACUCCUACAAAGCAUUUACACUGUUGACAGUGUUGGGGGCAUAAUGAGGACUCUGGGAUCAUGUACAGUGACUGUCAGAGAUCCAACUUGAUGAGCCACAAUCAAUCCGUCUUCUGUUUUUAAAGAAGAAGGAAGAGCACUUAUCAAUGACAGUAUUGUCGGGAGUUGACUGUCAGGUUCAUGUUUACUACAUUUUACUCACCUUGGAUUGUUACCCAAAUUCAUAACUUUAAGGACACGUUGUACACCUUCAAGUUGACUGGACCUAUACGAAGAUGUUGCAUUCAGAAAGGAGUAGGUACUCUUUGACAGAGAGCACUGUUAACCUUCCUCCUCAGUUGAACAUGUGUUUCUUGUGUUUACAAAGAUCUAGUUUUUAUAAACAAGAUUUAUACUUUUUUGGUAAAAUGCUGUGAACGGAAAAUCAGCGAUUCUGUGUUUAAAAAUGUGAGAAUAUAGUUUUUUCUUUUGGAUUUGGAGAGUUUAGUGGAUGUAGCCAUGAUAAUGUGUUUGUGUGGCAACUGUGUUUCAUUAUUUUCAGUAUUCUAAUUUAUUUUGGAUUGUUGAAAUACUUUUAUUUUUGAUACUGUAAUAUUUUUUGAGUACACAAUUCUUUACGUAUAAAAUGACAUACUGUAUAUAAAAGCCAUUUAUUACUGUCCUAAUGCGUCUGGAUGUGCACUUAUGGAAUUGAACAGCCAUAAAAUGUGAAAGUUUUUUCUUAAU